CGCACCAAGCUAGACACAGACGAUUGUGUGGCGAUCACCCCAGGUGGGAUAUUGGUAUUACACCUGAACAAGGAAACAUACCAAACGCUUGGUCUCGAGGGACGGGUGUCUGAGUUUGGUCGAAAGCGAAACAGUAAAUACGCACAACCACAACCAUGCCCAAGCUGCGUCAACCAGAGCAACUGGAGAGACUGGCCCUGAAGCAAACAACCGUAUGGCUGUGUCAUAUUGCCGAACUGUUGAUGCCAACCAUGCUCGUCCUGUCGAAGUCGGGUAAUAACGAGGCACAGAAACUGCUGAAAGCGGUCGUGUUCGAACUGCGCGAUGAGUUCGAUCACUGCAUACCAACUCACUUGUACGAUGAGUUGGGUAAGGAGUUGGUCCAGCAGAUUACGGAUUUGAUCGAACGGGUUAAACAGGCCCUCGAUAUCCGAGCCUCGAUGGCAAAGUUUAUCUGCCAGGUCAAUGUUGCGAUCGCUAUGUCCGAGGUGCUUCUAUCGCGGAAGUUGAGGGUGCUGAAAAUCGACGAUCUGCCGAAGAUGAUGCGACAUGUAUUCUAUGCGAGGAUGAACGAACUGAAAGGUUUGAGAUCUUUGAACUUGGGAUCAAUGAGUGGCGGUUGGAAGACUCAUAACAUGGAGGACACGGUUUUACAAGGAAUUGGCACAAUGCGGAAUUUGACUGCGCUAACGUUGAACUACGAUUGCACAGAUACGAUACUGCGGGCACUGGUGAAGAGUUGCCCAAAUUUGGAAUAUGUUGAUUUUUCGAACUCCAAAUACGUAACGAACGACAGCAUCGAUAUUCUGACUAAACUUAAGAAGCUCCAAGUGGUUCUACUUCUACGCACGCAAGUCACUAUAUCUGGAAUAAUAAAUCUGUUGGUUAAAGCGAAGAAUCUCGUUGAUAUAGGUCGGUAUGACGACCUCGGAAGGUGUCUCGAAUUCAUCGAGCAGAACUAUCCACAGAUAAGCGCACUGAAGCUCCGCAAAUUCGAAUCCCGCUUCGCAACAACUCAUCACAUCCAGCUUCUCGCUGAACUUUGUCCUGACAUGCAGCAUGUUUCGAUCUUUCACAAUAUGCUUCUGAUGGAUCUGAUGACAUUGAUAGGUUUGAACAGCCUAUCGGAAUUGUACCUGUUAUCGUGUGAUUUCUUCGCCGAUCAAGUUCGAGAUGUUCUGCAAGUUAAAGGUUGUAAUCUAACGCAUCUUCACCUCGAACAUGUGGAGCAAAUUGACAUGAAUGCACUGAUCUACAUAAGUCAAUAUUGCCCGGAUUUGAAGACGCUGGCCCUUUACAAUUGUGUGAUGAUUCCGUCUACCUCUUUGUACACGCGGCGAUACGCCAUACCGCCUUUUAUGAAUCUCGAAAGGUUGUCCUUCGUUGCAGAGAGUCCUUCGAACCAUCUGGAGUUCAUACUAGCGACUGCGUUGAAAAUCAAAUUUAUCCAACUUGGAACCCUCACGUACACGAGUGAUGAAGUGUUUGAUAGGAUUUUUCUGAGGAAUCCCCUCCAAUAUCUAGAGGAUAUUAGAAUAAUCAACUCGGAGGAGUUGACAAUCGAGACGGCAUACAGACUGGUAGAGAGUUGUCCCAAUUUGAUGAUAUUGAAUGAAAUAGAAUGCUGGAAAAAAGUGAAGGAGUAUGAAAUUGUGCAGCUUCGUCAGAUGAUCAAGGAGAGGAACCUUGCGGUUCGCACGACACCACUCAGAAAAUAUGCACAAGAAUAGAUCACAUAUUUGUAUAUAUUGCAUUGUAAAUAUUUGCGACUAGCGUAAUUUAUUAUUGAAAUUCUAAUUACUUGUUGUGUUGUUUUUAAAUAAAUAAGAGCUAUUAAAAUAUAUCUUUUUUACAAUAACCUACU